CUUUUGGGCUCGGUCCCUAAUAACAAGAAUUUAAGAACUAUGUAAUUCAACAGUUGGUGGCGAUAGUGGUUCGAAUGUUGGCAAUUCGUCAUUAAACCGGAAGUAGAAGAAAAAGAAGCUGAUUUGAAUUUGUAGUUCGCCUUGAUAACAGCUGACAAAUGACAGUUGAUAAUCCUUCAUUACAUGGGAUUUCAGUGUUAAUUUGGGAACCAGCAACAUGUUUAUAUCGUAACAGUGGUCACCAGCUGACUCGGGCGACGACUUUCGACCAACGACUGGCGUUGUCAAAGAGAGGCAGGGCUUGUUAUUAGUAACAUUUAGCAGUAGCUUCUUGAAGCUAACGGUAACUUGCUGUGUUACAGCUUUAGUUCGUCGUUUUUGCUUUAACGUUAGGUUCCUUAUAUGAAGUUGAGAGACAUAUAUUGCCGGUAGCUAGUCAAUGAAACCGAAAAGAAAAGGACUGUGGAUUGUGUUUAUGGCAAGUCGCUUUGUUCAUGCACCAUUUGUAAUGUUACUAAUGUAGCUUACGUUAUAAACCUAUAACAGCUAGCAUUUUGUCAGUUUUCACUCUCAAAAAUAGUUGAGGUUUUAUGUAUGAAAUUACAUGAAACCAGCAAUAGAGAAUAGAGGUAAAGUAAUGUUGCUUUAAAGUGCAUAAGUUAGUGUACUGAGAGGAGAAAAGAUGAUGUCUGAGGCAGGGACAGAUGGUGAACAGGGCGGACCCCCUGUGAAAACCCAGAUAAGUGAAGCUUCCAGGCCUGACCUGCAUGGUCUUCUGCCAGGUGGCCAUGCAUCCUCAGCAGAUGUUAGCCCCUCUCCUGCUGCAGAGACCAGUGGCUUGUUGUCAUUACCAUGGGAGAUGGUGACCCACAUUGCCUCUCACCUUCCAGCUGAGUGUGUCAUCACAGUGCUGCCAAAGGUCUGUCAUGCACUUAGCAACGUGGGCAAAGACAGCACUGCUUGGCAGCUCCGGGCACGCAGACUAAUAGGAUCCCAAGCUGGCUUUCCGGUGGGGCCAAGGGAGGAGUUUGACUGGCCCACUGCUUGUCUGGAGAUGGAGCAGCUGAUCACCUGCUGGAUGGGUCAAGCACACCUUGUGGCCAGACAGACCCAAGAGGAUGAGGAGGAACAGGAAAGAGUGAGGCAGCAGCAAAGAGCAGGGCAGGAUGGAGAACCAGUAGCAGAGGCACAGGAAGCUGGGAGAGAGGGUGUUGUAGAGGGAGUCGCAGUGCAGGAGGUUGCAUAUGGUGUUGAUGAAGGAAUGGAGGUGGCAUUGGAAGGUCAGGAUGGUGAAUUGCAGCCUGCUGCAGGUGAGGACCAACUGGCAAGACUGAGGGAGGAAUUGGAAGAGAGACUAGAGGAUGAUGCAGGGGCACUAAUGGAAGGAGAAAGGGACCACAGGGUGGUGUUGGUUGAUGAUGAGCAGCAAGAUGGUGCUCUUAAUCACCAAGAGGACAUGGAAGACCCCAGGUAUCUGGGUAAUGAAAGACAUGUAGAGAUGGAGCAACGUCAACCCCCCAGAAGUCCUAGCCCACCCCCAGCACUAGAGUGUAUCACCCUACCUUCAGGUCACAUUGCCCAGGUCAACUCAGUCCUCCUUGUGGGGGGUGAGGGGGCAGUUUGUGCCACAGGGUCCAGAGACUGGAAUGUUAAACUGUGGGAUCUGCAGGCAGACUCUAGUAGCAUGCUGCUACACACGUUGGGUGGGCAGGGCCACUUCAGCACCCAUCUGGGCUGGGUCUGGUGUCUGGCAUCUCAGGGACCUCUGCUUGCGUCAGGGGGCUUCGACAGCACAGUGAGGCUGUGGGACCUACAGGCAGGUGGGGCAGAGAGGGGCCUGAUCAGGGCUGGGGCUGCUGUCCUCUGCUUGUCCUGUCAGACGGAUGUGUUGCUGGCUGGUACAUUUGACAAGAAGGUCAGCAUGUAUGACACCAGAGCUGCUGAACCACUGGUGAAAAGCAUCCGUCUCCAUGGCAAUGCUGUAAUGUGCCUGGCUGCAGAUGACAAGUACAUCAUCUCUGGGAGUAAAGACUGCACUGUGGCUGUCUAUGACCGCAGGGCGGACAAAGGCUUGAACAAAGUUCGGCUGGGCUCUUACUUGCUGUCCAUGAGCCACAGUGACAAAGAGGUGUGGGCUGGAGACAACAGGGGCAUGCUCCACUCCUUUUCCAUGCAGGCGGGGGUCUUAAAACCUCUGUCCCAGUUUGAUGUGGGACACACAGCCUUGGUCACUGGCAUCCACAGGACCCCUGGAAGCCUCUACACCUGUUCAUCUGAUCGUACUGUCAAGGUACACAUCCCCUGUGCACCUCCGAGGACGUUAUGCACUCUGCGUCACCAAGCUGGAGUGAAUGGGCUGAGUGUGGAGGCUGGAAUCCUGGCUGUAGCCUCAGGGGACAUGUGUGUGGAAAUCUGGAGGCCCAGAAAAUGAAAGAACAAGACCAGCACACUUUAUGUCAAGACUUGAAAGCAGGUGGUGACAAAGCCUGAUGCCAUUCAACACUGUAUUGGUCCUUCAGAAUUUGGAAAACCUGGAGUGUAAGAUGUUGAAAAAGGAAAAAAAACAAAAGAAAUGUCUCUCUUGCCUUGCUGGCUGGCUGGCUAUAUCAAGAGAGAUGUAAGUAGUAACUUAACAAAUGAACACUAGGAGGUAGGACUGGAAAUGAAGAGAAUUGAGCCCCUUGUUGCACACGUGGGCAAAUUAAUUUAUUUUGCUGCACUGCCAAACACAGAUGUUAAAAAGUGUCAGUUGUGCUUAAAGUCUCUAGAGUUUUUAGAAAUAUUUGCUGCAGUUGUUUAAUGGUAAUUCAUUUUUCAAUGCAUUUUUAAUUUCUUGUUUGGCAUUUUUUUAAAGAUCCUUUGUUCACCUUUAUUUGACAGUUGAAAGUGUAUCUCCGAGGCUUGGAUCUAACCACGGCGGAUAUGUGGUGUGAGUCUUAAUCAGUAGGCCACCAAGGUGCCCCUUGUCUGACAUUCUUCUGCAAACAAAAACGUGUGUGUGAACACUGGCAUCGUGUUUAUCGCUGAUGUUUGUCCCGUGCACUCAUUUGCCAUUUUGUGCCAGUACUCGAAGCUCUCAUAGACACUGUUUGAAGAAGUGUCUGUCUAGCACAUUCAAAAGGUGUGGAAACUACAGACAUUUAAAGGCUUCACAGUACUUGCAUGCUCUCAAACUGACUGAAUCCAUUACAGUUACUGACAUUUUAUCAAAAGCAUUACAGUUACUUGUCAUGUAUAGUGAAAUAAAGCCCUCUGUGACACACACGA